UCCCGUUGUAUCUAUUAGCCUUAGCUUUGUAAAUAAUCAACAUGGGAUUAAACGGACUCUAAUUUAUAUCUUCCACAUGGCAGGGCUGUGGAAGAACAAUUCAUCUGCAUGUUACAUGAGUGGAAUAAGCCCCCGUGCUUGGCUUCAUCAGAACAGAAAGAGGACAGAAGACGGACAGUGACCAUGGAGGCUGUAUCUCCCCCUCUCUUCACCACAGCUGGCCAGAUGCCUUGGUUUCUUCUGACUUUGUUAACAUCGUGGACAGUCUUGUGUUCAGCAGAAUUAAAGCAGACAAGGUGGCCAUUAUAUUCCCAGACGCCAGUUCUUCUAGCUUGGAAUGCCCCAACACAGGAGUGUGGCCCGUGGCAUGGCGUAACUUUAUCUCUGGACCAGUUUGACAUUGUGGCAUCCCCCAAUGAGGGCUUUGUCCGACAGAACCUCACAAUUUUCUAUAAGGAACGCCUUGGGUUGUAUCCCUAUUAUGAGCGUAGUGGCACUGCACUGAAUGGAGGCCUUCCACAGCUUGCCAGCCUCACUCAGCACUUUGAAAAAAUGCCUGAAGGUUUGCAGAAAUAUAUACGUGACCCAGUAGCGAAAGGUUUAGCUGUGAUUGACUGGGAGGAGUGGCGCCCAUUGUGGAUUCGAAAUUGGGAUAUUAAAGAUAUCUAUCGGAGUAAAUCUCGUGAAAUGGUGGCCCAAAAGAACCCAAAGUGGACUCCAGAACAAGUGGGAAAAGUUGCACAGCAGGAAUUUGAGCUGUCAGCUCGCAAAUUUAUGCUUGAGACUCUGAAACUUGCCAAGAGUUUGAGGCCAAAUCAGCUGUGGGGCUUCUACCUGUUUCCAGAUUGCUACAACCAUGACUACAGGAAUGGCCUGAAGAACUACACAGGACGCUGUCCAGUUGUGGAAAUGGGCCGCAAUGAUCAACUUAACUGGUUGUGGAUGGACUGUACAGCAUUCUUCCCGUCUAUAUACAUGGGCUCCGUUCUUGCCUCUACAAAUUAUGGGCGCCUCUUUGUCCGGAACAGGGUGAAGGAGGCCAUGCGACUAGCAUCGGUUGGGGAUGGAUUAGCACGGCCAGUUUUCGUUUAUACCCGCCCUUCUUACAUGAAUCAGAUGACCCUUCUAUCUCAAACAGAUUUGGUCUCCACCAUUGGAGAGAGUAUUGCUCUCGGGGCUGCAGGUCUGAUCUUCUGGGGGGACACCUCCUAUGCAAGCAGCAGCGCCAGCUGCACCAUCCUAAAUGAUUAUCUCCAGGGACAGCUGGGCCGGUACCUCCUCAACGUGACUACAGCUGCUGAACAGUGCAGUCAGGUGCUCUGUAAGUCCCAUGGCCGCUGUCUGCGCAAAAUAUCAGACAAUGACGUGUACCUGCAUCUCAGCCACUUAACUCACAGCAUCACGAGUCAGGGUGGCCAGCUGAAGGUUACAGGCGUGCCUGGCCCAGCUGAGCUGGAUUUUUUCCACACACACUUCCAGUGCCAAUGCUACGGUGGGUACAGGGGUGAGGCCUGUGCUGAGAAAGAGGGGCAGAAUAGAGCUUCCUCUGUCUUAGGGACCUGGCCUCUUUGCCUUUUACUCCCACUAGGACUCCUCACUUUACUACACUGAGGAAGCUGAGAAACGCAAACUAUUCACUGCUUCUGCCAGCUCUGAAGAGCACAGGUCAGACCUUCAACAUGAAGUUGCUAAGUUAUAGUUAUGCACUAUAGAAACUGAUACAUUUACAACAGCCGACACUCCCUCCUGUCAUCAGAGGUGAUCCCAGUAUGACAGGAGAUUUUUAUCCCAGCACACAGACCCAUCAAACUGGAACAUUUGUGUUUGACAAGCUGCACUGGCAGAGCUCCGACUUUAGGACCUCCUCCUGAAACUUAUUUUCAUUCAUACAUUUUAAAACUGUUCAACUCUUAAACUUAUAUCAAAUGAUGUCAAAAAUCUGACAUAUCUCUUAAAGGCCUCUUUCAUGCUUCAGAUUAGAAGAUACUCUAUACCAGGGGUGUCAAACUCAAUUUCAUCGCGGGCCACAUCAGCAUUAUGGUUACACUCAAAGGGCUGGUUGUAACUAUAUAAAUAUACAGUACCAGUCAAA